AUGGGUCGUCAAGUCGUCUUUGGUGGCUGUCACCUGACAGAGUGGAAAAACGGUGACUUUGUGGCUCUCUAGCAGUUGUCACCUGACGGAGAGGAGUUGGAUGGAGGUGGGGUGCAUGUUAGGGAGUUUCAUCCUCAGGUCUUCACAGCAAUAAGAGGCUCUUCAUCACAUCUGGUACGCUCUCGAGAGGUGGCGACUUGUCUCUCGGCAGAUCGUCCUCUUCCUGACGACGGCUUGUUUGUCGAUCAAUCGGAGAUGAUUUACUCGAUGGAUUCGCGAUCUUUUUAUCGCAAAUCGUUCAACAAUUUUAGUAGCAAUGCUCCACGAAUCGCAUUGACGAGAUUUUCACUGAUGAUCUAGUGAUUCUCAUUGCUUAAUCCUUCACCGGCGAUCUGUAGGAAAGUCGUAAUAAUUAGAUAAAAAUAUAUGAAUUUUGACUCUAGGAGGAUUCGAACCCGUGUUGGUUGCUCGCCUCUUCUGAGGAAGGUGUGAUGCUGGUUUAGUCCCACAUUAGUUGUGCGCUGAUUUUUCGGAUGAAUAUAUAAUAAUGUUAGCUUUCUAAGCAAAGUCCCUUCUCUCGCGUGUACGACCACUCCUUGCCCCAUAGUCGGUUGGCCACUGGUGACAUGAAAGGGGAGUGGCGCACACGUGCCUCUAUUGGUCCAAGCCAAGCUGCUUGA